GCCGCAGCGCCCUCCCACCACCGCCCGCGGGGCCAUGCGGAGAGCCGCCGGGAUGGAGGACUUCUCCGUAGAGGAAGAGGAGCCCUGGUACGAUCAGCAGGACCUGGAGCAGGACUUGCACUUGGCCGCAGAGCUGGGGAAGACCCUGCUGGAGAGGAACAAGGAACUGGAGGAGUCCCUGCAGCAGAUGUAUUCCACCAACGAGGAGCAAGUGCAAGAGAUCGAGUACCUAACCAAGCAGCUGGACAUGCUGCGGCAUGUGAAUGAGCAACAUGCCAAAGUGUACGAGCAGCUGGACCUGACAGCCCGAGACCUGGAACUGACCAACCAGAGGCUGGUGGUGGAGAGUAAGGCUGCCCAGCAGAAAAUCCAUGGGCUGACAGAAACUGUGGAGCGUCUGCAGGCCCAGGUGGAGGAGCUGCAGGCCCAGGUGGAGCAGCUGCGGGGUCUGGAGCAACUGCACGUGCGCCGGGAGAAGCGGGAACGCAGGCGAACCAUCCAUACCUUCCCCUGCCUCAAGGAGCUGUGCACAAGCCCACGGUGUGAGGAUGGCUUCCGCCUGCAUAGUUCCUCCCUGGAGCUGGGCCCUCGACCCCUGGAGCAGGAGAACGAGCGAUUGCAGACCCUGGUGGGGGUGCUGCGCUCCCAAGUGAGCCAGGAGCGGCAGCGCAAGGAGCGGGCGGAGCGCGAGUACACGGCUGUGCUGCAGGAGUACACGGAGCUGGAACGCCAGCUGUGUGAGAUGGAGGGCUGCCGCCUGCGUGUGCAGGAGCUGGAAGCCGAGCUCCUGGAGCUGCAGCAGAUGAAGCAGGCCAAGACCUACCUGCUGGGCCGGGACGAUCACCUGGCCGAGGCACUGCUGGCACCGCUCACGCAGGCCCCUGAGGCUGACGACCCCCAGCCAGGGAGCGGGGGCAACUCUGGCACUCAGGACGGUGUCUCCUCGCCCGCCACCUCCCCAGGCCACACGGUGCGCAAGAGCUGCAGCGACACGGCGCUCAACGCCAUCGUGGCCAAAGACCCCGCUGGCCGGCACGCUGGCAACCUCACACUCCACGCCAACAGCGUGCGCAGGCGCGGUAUGUCCAUCCUGCGGGAGGUGGACGAGCAGUACCAUGCGCUGCUGGAGAAGUACGAGGAGCUGCUGAGCAAGUGCCGGCAGCAUGGGGCAGGGGUGCGGCACGCAGGCGUGCAGACCUCGAGGCCCAUCUCCCGAGACAGCUCGUGGAGGGACCUGUGCGGGGGCGAGGAAGGCCAGGGGGAGGCCAGGGCAGGGGAGAAGAGCCUGAGCCAGCACGUGGAGGCCGUGGACAAGCGGCUGGAGCAGAGCCAGCCUGAGUACAAGGCGCUCUUCAAGGAGAUCUUUGCCAGGAUCCAGAAGACCAAGGCCGACAUCAAUGCCACCAAAGUCAAGACACACAGCAGCAAGUGACCCUUUAGUGGCCUGAUCCUACCCAGGCUCCAGGCCAUGGGGUCCCUCAUGCCUGGACCACACAGCCUGUGACAAAUAAGAGAGUCCUUUAGGAGCAAUAUAUCCCAGCAGGUGGCCUCUAUCAGUGUGCGAGGAACAAAGCCCUUCUGAUCUGGGGACGCUCCAUGCUUCCGGUGGAUGGGACAGGCCACCCGCUUCCACCUAAAGGCAUAGCUCAGUUUCAAAGCCAAACGUCCCCAAUGCCCUGUCCCCAGCACUCCUUGCUCCCGCUUCCUGACCUGGGCCUCACCCUCAGAUAGGGCCAGGCUUCUGGAAGCCAUUCUGGAUUAGUUGGCUUUUUUGUUGUUCUUUUUGUUUUUCCAAAUUCAGUUUUUCCUCAAGAUUUGCAAUGCAAGGUCUUCUUUGACUGCUUGCCACAACUGGAAACACUUGAAAGGGGACCCCAAGAGCCAAGUGUUCAGGCUCCUAGGGUCUCCAGGACCACCCACUGCUUUGUGCCAGCCGUAAUGCGCUGUCAUUCCCAUAGCACACCAGCUGUCCCUCCCCCAGAGUCCUGAGCAGCUCAUAGAUGCCCUUGCUUUGCAAAGCAGGAAGCCUCACCCUGGUCUUGAGUGCACCACGCCAACCCCGGCAAGAACCCUCGGCCCACUGCAGAUUGAUAGCCAAUCAGAAGAGGGGAUAAAGGAGCCCCCUGACAGCCAUACACAAGUGGCAUCCCCGUUUCUCUCAGAGCCAGCCUCCCCACGUUCCAGCCCCAGAAGUGCUUUCUGGGCAUAAGCCUUCUGGGGGCCAGGAUGGAGGGAAGCCCUGUCCCCGUGUCUGCACACCACCUCUGCCUCCCUUCUGCACCUGCCCCCAUCUCAGGGACCAUGACGUCUCGUUCACUCCACACUUGCUACAGGCCAGCCCUGAUGCAGGCCACAUCCACAGCCCCCAGAAUGUCCUGGGCACGUGCCACCAGCCAGUGACCCCAGUGUCUGUCCCUGAUCCUCUUCGCUCGGGUCUGCUCAAGAUUCUCACCCACACUGAAUAGCACUGAAUUGGGAUGGGGAUGAGGAACAAGUUCCUUCCUUCCCUCCUGUAAAAUACCUGCUUUUUACCUCCCACCUUUGUGGAGGCUUCCGAGGCCCCAGCUGGAUCAGGGCUUCGGCCUUUUGGUGUAAGGCUUCAAAGAGACAGACUUCAGCUGAGAGAUGCCCAGGUCCCCAGCUUACCCUCUGCAGUCCUUCAAGGCUUUGGCUCCUUCUGCCAUCCUUCCUGAGACCCUAGAAAUCAGAGGAGCCAUACAAUGUGGGAAGGCAGCAGCCCUGGCCUCUGUGCUGGGAACCCAGAGGGAACCUUCAUGCCUUAUUUAUUUCUAAUGGGUAAAGGGGUUUUCUUAACACACACGCCUGACAGCCCUGGAGAUGCGCCUAUGCUCCAGGCGGCACUGUGAUAUGAGCUGGUGGCUGGGUCCUUCUGUUUGUGCAGCCUAGAACCUUUGUGUCCUUGGGGCUGGGCAGCUCUUGGCCCUUCAUGUGUGUCUGUCAUCUGGGGGAGAUGGGGUAAGGGGAAGCACUGGCCUCUUCACUCCCCGGCUCUGUAGCAGCUGACCAGUGUCACCUUUGAAGUAUACAUGAGAGAAAUAUAUUUACAAAUGCUUUAUUCUCUUCUUUAAUAAAAAAUGAACCAGUAUUCUAAAAGCAGAAAACAGCCCUG